UGCUGUUAGGAGAGGGACAGGCGGUGGACUAUGGUGACACGGUAGAGGUGGCCUUCACAGGCUGGCUUCUACAGAAUCACAACAUCGGACAGGUGACAAAUAACUCUGAAUACAGCCAAAAUAAUUGUGCUGUAUUCAGAGAAAAUCAACUGGUUCUGACAAAAUCAACUGCUUGUGACUAAAUGAAUAAAGGCUCAGAAAAGCUCAGAGCAUUGGGCAAUUUGAUUUGUGGCUUUAUAAUUUAUUUAUUUUUUAAAUGCAAAAGAUCAGAAGAUAUUCAAACAUUGACAAUAUACUGAUAUUCUAGAUGCUGGAUCCUAUAUUUCCACAAUGCACCCUUCCUCGUACGGUGCUCAUUAGUUUACCUAAUGAGCAUCGUGCUGGCAGAAAUUAUGACUCAAACUUCCUGACCAGUAGCUUAGCCUAGUAUGGUCCUAUACUCGUCAUGUCAAACAGACUGACAAAUGCUGAUAAUAAUGAGAAUAACCACUCCAUUGUACAAUUUGGGAAUUUAAGUCUGACUUUGAAUGUAGAGAUGAUCAGAGGGAAGAUUUCACCAUCAGGAUUAGGAUUUGGGCCAAGGUAUGGAUAGAGCGUCUCUGAAGUUACAGUCAGUGAAAGAGUAGAUAUGAGACCAGGCCCCCACAUCAUAAAAGGAGACCUGACCCUCCUCACAAUCCAUAAACACCCCCGCCUUCUGUGGUGUGUCUCUCAGAAAGAUGGGGACAGGGUAGGGUGUCACUGGCUUUGUACUCACACCCAUACCUCUGCAUAGUCCAGUAUCCAUUCUGAGGCCUUGGUGUUAUAUCCCUCUUCCUGUUGACAGACUCACUGUCUACUCCUAAAUCCUACUCAGUAUUGCCCGUAACCAUAACCUCAUAGUAAAAUCUCCCUGAAGAGAACCCCUCAAUUCCAAGGACAUUGACAAAAUAAUCAAACCUCUCUGGGUAGUUUGGGAGAUCAUGUUCUUUGCCUCUGUUUUUCAUUUGCUUCCCAUCCUAGACAGGAUGAGGUAAGGAGGUGCUGUAUCAGGGUCCAGGGUCACAUCUACUGCUGAAACCCCCUCCAGCUCAACAUCACCAAACCUCUUCACUUCACUCACAAGUGUCUCCUCCAGCACACAGCUCUCCUCACAGUCCCCAGACACAGAUCACUGUGAACACUGAUCUCAGACCAGUCCUUGGUGGGUGGAGGGCUGCACAGGGAUGGGAACCUCUGGAGGAGUUGAAGGUGGCCCUGAGUGUGUGAGAGCUGUUCCAGCUCAUUGCUUCUCCUCUGUAGCUCAGUGAUUUCCUGCUCCAGCUCUUUAAUGAGCCCUUCAGCUUGCCUCUGCUGCUUUCUGCCUCUCCUCAAUCACCUCAAUGAUUUCUACCUGGCUUCUCUCAAUGGAGCGCACCAGGGCAGUGAAGACCUGCACGUUGUCUCUUUCCAUUUCUCUUGCUGAGAUAUGAGUGUUUGAUCUCCUCAACCUUACUCUAUCUUGUAAGCAUCUUCUGGUCUACCUCUGCCAUAACCUUUCCUAGUUUAGCCAUUUUCUCUCUAUACUCUUCUCUAGAGGGACAGUGUCAUGUGGUCUGUUUUCAAGCAAAACACACGCAGACAUGUCUGGUCACUUCAACAGAACAGAUCCAGGAGUCUCUCAUGCUUCUUACGCAUCCUGUCUUCCAGGUUCUCCACAGGGUCGAUCAGCUUGUCUCUUUUAACCGGUGACUCUCUGAGGCUUCAAGUGAGUCUCACGGAAAGAUGUCAGACACCAGGCAGGACUUCAGGGACUUGAGCGUUGUCCCAGUACAGAUGUCACAGGAAACUUCUAGGGGUUGAGCAGGGCUUUGGGCUGGGCCUUGGUCUAGGCUUGGUGGCUUUCCCUUGAACUGACUUCCUGAACUGAGUAGCCAUCUCAGAAAUGAGAGUAUUGAUGCAAAGCUCCGGUUUCCUGUCGAAUUUCUCCAAACACAUGGGACGCCGGCAAGGGUCACUAGUAUCCCAGUACUCUUUGAUACAGGCCAUGCAGAAGUUGUCCACAUGGAAUGGUUACUGGCUCAGUGAACACAUGCAGACAGAUGGAGCACAGGAAGUGCUCCUCAGACAGCAGACUGCCGGAGGCGGCCAUAUCUAAACUGAAGAUGUUUGACUCCAACGUGGGCAAAGACAAGCUGCUGAGAGUGAAACUUGGCACCGGUAAAGCCAUUAAGGGAUUGGAGGACGGGAUGGUAGGGAUGCAGAAAACUGGGCGUCGCUUCCAUAUUGUGCCCCCCACCCUAAGCUAUGGGUCAAAGGGCAUCCCCAACCGCGUCCCCUCCUCCAGCACACUGGUCUACAAUGUGGAGAUCCGCCGGGUGAAGUUUGCUAAGGACAGUGGGUCGGAGCGACAGAAUGGGGGAUUAACCACCAACUCCCCCUCCCCAAGUGUGGACAGUCUGGGCUUUGGGAUGUCCCCUCAGUCUCAGCCCCCCACCUCUAUCCCAGCAGAGCCCAGGGGAAAGCCUCUGAAUGUGAAACCCAAUUCAAUAAAUGAGCAACUGAUGCAGCCGGAUACAGCCAAAGCCAAGUUGAUCUCUCAUAUGGCCAAGAUGGGUCAGCCCAUGCUGCCCUUCCCAACAGAAGCCAUCUCCGCCCAGCCAGACCACAGUGACUCCAAGACAGAGGUGGGCUCCAUAGACCCAAGUGAAUCUCACCCUUCACAUCACUGUCUGCUCCCCCAGCCAGUCCAGAUGUCAGCUGCACCCCCUGUCCAUGCAGUGCCUGAGGUCGUUGUGCCAACUGCUGCCCAGCAACCAGUGUUUAUGGAGACAGUGGUCCCACAGGCUGUGGACUGUGGUGGAAGCAGUCAUGCCUUCCAGCCAUACCCAUCCUUUCAGUCUGCCUUUGGUCCGUCCUACCUUGGUCAGUUCCACCCUCAUCAUGCAGUUUCAUACCAGGCACCUAGUGACGUCACUUCCUUGUUGAUGACGGAGGUGCGACAGCACAACACUGAGAUCGGACAGGCUGUGGGGAAAGUGGCAGAUAAAAUCAAUCUGUUGGUCUCCAAGGUGGAUGAGCUCCAGAAGCAUGGUGGCGGCAACUCUCUGGGUCUGUCCUCGGUGUCCAUGGAAACAGCCAUGAUCCUGCACAACAUCCAGAGAAUCACCCAGGAGAACUUGUUUCUAAAGGAGAUGGUUUUGGAGAAGAGCACCCGAGUGGAGGAGCAGAACUGGAAGGUCAGAGAACUCCUCGAGCAGAACCAGAGGUGUAUGGAGCAGAGUGGUUUACUGUUGGAACAGAGGAAAGACGUGCUGAAGACCAGCAACCAACAGGACCAGACCAGCCUGCUGGAGGCAGAGCAGGACAAGCCGCACCUGACAGAGUACCUAGCCGCCUACUCCACCCUGGUCUCCAAGCUUCGGCUGGAGUCCUCCUCUCUGCAGCGCUCUGUCUCCUCUCUGCAGACACAGCUCAGCCAAGCCCUGCAAGACAGGGAGAGCCACUGUACUCAGUUCAGCUCAUUAGAGAGACUAGUAGAAGGGCUAAGGAAGGGAGAGGGGAGGGCGCAGGCCCAGUGGCGUACAGAGAAACUGAAACGUAAAGAGAUGCAGCUGAGAAUCGCCAACACGGAGGAGGUGCUACAGGACCUGAGGGCUGGGAAAGGCAACCUGGACAAGAUGCUGUCGGAGAGGAAGAGGAGGUGGCAGUGUGAGCAUCAGCGUCUGUCUGAGGAGGUGGAGGAGGCGAGGAGGAGCAGCCAGAGGGAAACUGACAACCUGAGGGCCAGGAGAGGAGAAGUAGAGCAGGGGGAACAGGUGGUGCUGGAUGUGGACUGGCAGCAGGGUGGGUAUGAGAAGGAACUACAUAGCCGUGAGCUAGCAGAAAUCACACAGCAGAGAGACAUUCUGGCCAGGACACUGUCAGAACUACAGGAACAGUAUAUGGCAGCGCAGGGCAGAGACCACCAGGAAGCAGCUAGAAAUGCUAUUGGUUGAGCAGAAGAGGCAUGCCCAGCAGCCCAAUCAGGAUGCAAUGGCAGAACAGGUGAAGAGAGUGAUGAACGGAGUGUUCCAUUCUCUGAGAGAGGAGUUCGGCCUGCACCAGUCAUACCAAGGAAGCGAUGUUCUAGGAGUCAUGCUAAGCACCAUCAAGAGUGUCACCCUGGAUCUGCUAACAGCUCACAAUCCAGAGGAAGAAGAAAAGGUGGAAGAGGAGGAGAAAUGGACAAAAGCUGUGGAGCAAAAUAGGAGGGAUGAUGACGAUAACGAGAUGAAUCGAUCCAAUGGAUCAAUACAAGAAAGAGAGGACAGUGGAGUUACUCAGACAGCCUGGACCUCUAUUGUUAGGUCCUUGUGGUCUGAGGUUCAAGUGGAGGAAGAGUCCAUCAAUUCAGAAGGCCUAGAAAACAAAGCUGAAGACACACCAAGUACAUCCAGAGAAGAAACGUCUUCUAAGGCUUGGACUGGCUCAGAGAAUGGCCUAACGCCAUCAUCUCUCGUGGUUCUUACAGCCUCUCGCAGUCCAAAUUGACCAAUCAAAGCAGAUGGAAGUUGUACCUCCCCCACCAUUGUAAAAAAUAUUUUGGAAGCUAUACAAAUGCAUUUAUUAAUGUCCACAUUCGUUUUAUGCCAUGCUUAUUAUUUGUUUUAAAUUUUUUUAUUUAACUAGGCACGUCAGUUAAGAACACAUUCGUAUUUACAAUGACGGCCUACC